UGCAGCCUCUCAGCAUCAGCACCAGCGGAGACGUCUCCCUCUUCUCUUCUCUUCGGCUCUCAUCUCCAUCCACUGCGGAACGUCGGCCUGCUUUCCUCCCAUCGCUCCUCCAGCGGCAGACGCAGCUCGCAAUGGACAACUCGGGCAAAGAGAAGGAGGCCAUGCAGCUGAUGGCUGAAGCCGACAAGAAGGUCAAAGCGUCCGGAUCCUUCCUCGGAGGGAUGUUCGGUGGAAACCAUAAGGUGGAGGAUGCCUGUGAAAUGUACGCCAGAGCAGCCAACAUGUUUAAGAUGGCAAAGAACUGGAGUGCUGCGGGAAACGCGUUUUGUCAGGCCGCUCGGCUCCACAUGCAGUUGCAGAACAAACUGGACUCUGCCACCAGCUUCGUCGACGCCGGAAACGCCUACAAGAAGGCCGACCCACAGGAGGCCAUCAACUGUCUAAAUCAGGCUAUUGACAUCUACACUGACAUGGGACGGUUCACCAUCGCAGCCAAACAUCACAUCACUAUCGCUGAGAUUUACGAGUCUGAGCUGGUUGAUAUUGAGAAGGCCAUUGCCCACUAUGAGCAGGCAGCAGACUACUACAAAGGAGAGGAAUCUAACAGCUCAGCCAACAAAUGUCUUCUGAAGGUGGGACACUACAGCGCUCAGCUGGAGCAGUACCAGAAAGCUAUCGAAAUCUAUGAACAGGUUGCGAUGAGCACUAUGGACAAUCCUCUGCUGAAGUACAACGCUAAAGAGUAUUUCUUCAAGGCCUCACUGUGUCACUUCAUCGUGGACGAACUGAACGCUAAGCUGGCCAUAGAGAAGUAUGAGGAGAUGUUUCCAGCUUUCUCAGACUCCAGAGAGCUCAAACUGUUAAAGAAACUCCUAGAAGCCCACGAGGAGCAGAACAGCGAGGCGUUCACGGAGGCUGUCAAGGAGUUCGACUCGGUGUCUCGUCUGGACCAGUGGUUGACCACGAUGCUGCUGCGCAUCAAAAAGACCAUCCAGGGAGACGCUGGGGACCUGAAAUAGACAGGGGGGAGAAGGGGAGAAGGGGAGAGGUAGGUGGGUGGGUGGGGGGAGGGCUGAUUAAAUUAAGGUGAGAGAAGAAAGCGAGGCUGAAAGAAGAAAAGGGAUGGCGGGUGGGACUGAGGGAGUCUACAGUUGUACAUAUCAGUCUGCAUGUGACCCCCCCCCCACCCCCCAGCUAGCUAAACAUCACCUUUAAACACCUUUAGAUGACCCCGUGUCCCUGGUCCUACAGUAUUGCUCUUGUAACACUGGAUGAAUUGUACUUAAAGAGAAAGAAUGGAAAUAAAAUGUGUGUGUGUGUGUGUGUGUGUGUGUGUGAGAGAGAGAGAGAGAGAGAGAGAGGGUGUGUGUCCACUGCAGUAAGAUAAGUCUUAAUAUUCAAAAUGUUAAAUUUAAGGAGAUAUGUUACUGAUGAAAAGGGAUAAUAAUGUUAUUUAUGAGAUUAUUAAUAUUUAUUGUCAAUACAGAAAAUAUUGUUUAUUGUUUAUUAUGGUGCUCAGUGUUACAAUUUGUCUUAAUAUUUUAGGUAUUAGCCCCUCUCCUCUCCUCAUCUGUCCCACCGUCUCCCCAUAUGCUCUCCUCACCCCCACACCCCCAGUCAAGUCAGUAAUAUCACCCAUCGUGAUUGGUUGGUUCUUUGCGUUCUGGCCAGUGGUUGGUCGGUGCAGUCAGCCACCAGUGCUCUCUCCCGUCUCUGCCUUGUUUGUGCAUGUCUGUUGAUGUCAUGUUGGUGUUAACGUGUUUCUCCGUGUUGUGCUGAUGUGUGAACAACAUACAUGUAGCCUGGUAUCAUUUGUGUGAAAUCAGUAAAUUAUGUACCUCAGAUACCGAGUUGAAAUAAAAACAUCGUUGCUCCACA